GGAUAACCCCAAAAGCCAUCGCAAAAAACGAAAGCACCACUGUACUCAUUGUUCAUCAGUGUUCGCAUGGCCAUCUAGCCUAAAGAUCCAUAUCCGCACUCACACCGGCGAAAGGCCUUAUGUGUGUAAAGUCUGUGACAAAGCGUUCAGAUCAUCAAAGUAUCUGCUAGAACAUUCGAAAAUGCACAAUAAGGACCAACGGCAUCAGUGUCCUCAUUGUUCAUCUAGUUUCGCACACUCAUCUAAACUAAAGAUUCAUAUCCGCACUCAUACCGGCGAAAGGCCUUAUGUGUGUAAAGUCUGUGACAAAGCCUUCUAUUCAGCAAACUAUCUGGCAAAACAUUCGAAAAUUCAUAAUAAGGACCAACAGCAUCAGUGUCCUCAUUGCUUUUCAAGGUUUCGAUGGUUAGCUAGCCUAAAGGUUCAUAUCCGCACUCACACCGGCGAAAGGCCUUAUGUGUGUAAAGUGUGCGACAAAGCGUUCAGAUCAUCAUACAGUCUGGUAAAACAUUCGAAAAUUCACAAUAAGGACCAACAGCUUAAGUGUCCUUAUUGUUCAUUCAUGGUCGCACAGUCAUACAACUUAAAGAUUCAUAUCCGCACUCACACUGACGAAAAGUCGUACAAGUGUAAGAUAUGUGACGAAGCCUUCCAUUCAUCAAACACACUAGCAACACAUUCGAAAAUUCACAAGAAGGAUCAACAGCAUCAGUGUCCUCAUUGUUCAUCAGUGUUCGCAAGGCCAUGUAUCCUAAAGAUUCAUAUCCGUACUCACACCGGCGAAAGGCCUUAUGUGUGUAAAGUCUGUGACAAAGCGUUCAGAUCAUCAAAAAAUCUGCUACAACAUUCGAAAAUUCACAAUAAGGACCAACAACAUCAGUGUCCUCAUUGCUCUUCAAGGUUUCCAUGGUUAUCUAACCUAAAGAUUCAUAUCCGCACUCACACUGGCGAAAAGCCGUACAAGUGUAAAGUGUGUGAUAAAGCAUUCCCAUCAUCAUCCACACUAGCACAACAUUUGAAAAUGCACAAUAAGGAGCAACAGCAUCAGUGUCCUCAUUGCUCUUCAAGGUUUAAAUGUUUAUCUAACCUAAAGAUUCAUAUCCGCACUCACACUGGCGAAAAGCCGUACAAAUGUAAAGUGUGUGACAAAGCCUUCCAUGCAUCAAACUUACUAGCAAAACAUUCGAAAAUUCACAAUAAGGACCAACAGCAUAAGUGUCCCCAUUGUUCGUCAAUGUUCGCACAGUUAUAUAACCUAAAGAUUCAUAUCCGCAAGCAUACUGGCGAAAAGCCUUAUGUGUGUAAAGUAUGUGAUAAAGCAUUCAGUUCAUCAAGUAGUCUGGCAUCUCACUCAAUAACUCACAAAAACUGACCAAUAUAAUAAAUUUUCACUGUCCUUUCAACUUUGUGUUUGUAUAAGAUAGAAUUAUGUGUGUUUGUUGAACCAUCUUAAUAAAAUAAGAAAUCUUUGAAAUAAUUAAAG